AUGAUGUACAUCGGGGCCCUGUGUUGCUGGUCCUUUGCGUUCUUGGUGUUCUCACAAGCAGGCCUGAGUUCGAGUCAUCCAGUGACCCGGAAUCCCUCCAGUGAUGAGCUUCGGUCUCUGCAGGACCUCCUUGAACGCCUGAAGGAGACAUUUCAGGAAGACGAAUGGGAAGCUGGUGAGAUGGACGACGGGGCUGACUUUGACCUGUCCGACUCGGAGGCCCCCCCUUCUGGUCAGCUCAGGGUUCAGACUCCCCUCCACCAGGCGGAAGUGGAGGACCACUGGAGAAAAUUCCUGGCUUCUCCAAAGCGGAGGAGACAUUUCUCUGGCUGCUUUGGGACCAGACUUGAACGGAUCGGGACCCAGACAGGACUCGGCUGCAACAUCUACAAAGCCCAAGGCUCCCCCAACACCCAGUAG